AUGCCAAUGCUGUUCAAAUGCCUGGUUGCUCUUCUCUUCUUACUGGCCUACAAUAACGUCUAUGCCGAGACAUGUACAGAUAUAUGCCAUAGAGAAUACGUAUACGCUUCAAGAUAUUGUGAUGGAUUAUGUUCACGAGCUGGCGCACUAACCUUUUACUGUUACCUAAGAUGCGUCGAUAGGGUAAGCAGUGCAAGCGAAUAUGCUGAGUGCAUAAAGAGUUGUACUGGUUGCAGACUAACUAAAGAAAAUUGUCGAGAUGACUGUAAAGCGAUUACUCAUAAUGCCUACAUGUGUAAUACUAUUUGUCAGCACGACGAAGAUGCACCUUUAAUUAGUUGUUUAUUUGGCUGCGCCAAAACAUAUCCUCCGACUGAAGAAUGUGCAAAUGUAGAAGUAGCUGAUGCACGUUGCCACAACCCAGGUUAUAGUUCAUGUUCAGAAGAGUGCUACGCAAAGGACACAAAAUACCUGAAAUCACUUGAAUGA